GGCGUAGAGAAGACCACCAAACUGGGAGGCUCGGGAAAGGCGGCUCUGUGGCGUACUGGCCUUCUGACGAUAUAAGGAAGCCUUUGGCUCCUCGCCCAGGGUUAGGGUUCCGCCUUCUCCUACCUGCAUUUCAGGAUUGUCGUCGCGUUCUCAGCUUGUGAUGUGUAUGGUUUAAGGUUUGAUCUCUUUGUUCUCCGAUAUUAACGGUUUCUCUGUAAAGAAAGUUGAUCUUUUUAGUGGUGAUCCACCGGAUCUUGGUCGAGAUCCAUCGCCAUGGCGUGGUUUAGGGCCGUGUCCGGCGUGGCCAGAUUGGCCAUUAGGAGAAACCUAUCUCAGGCGCCGCAUCACAUCGGCAGGCCCCGCGCCCUCCCCUCUCCGCCCUCCCGGGGCUUCCACUCUGCCGCCCUUCGGCGCAAAGCCGAGUCCGCCGCGCCGAUCCCCCGGGCUGUGCCCCUCUCUAGGCUGACCGACAGCUUCCUGGAUGGCACCAGCAGUGUCUACUUGGAGGAGCUUCAGCGGGCCUGGGAGGCUGACCCCAACAGCGUCGAUGAGUCGUGGGACAACUUCUUUAGGAACUUCGUUGGACAGGCCGCCACGUCGCCAGGAAUCUCCGGCCAGACCAUCCAGGAGAGCAUGCGAUUGCUACUGCUCGUCAGGGCCUACCAGGUCAAUGGCCACAUGAAGGCCAAGUUAGAUCCUUUGGGUUUGGAGGAGCGUGAAAUCCCUGAGGAUUUGGAUUUGGGUCUCUAUGGAUUCACGGAGGCAGAUUUGGAUAGGGAGUUCUUCCUUGGUGUGUGGAGAAUGGCUGGCUUCUUGUCGGAUAACCGCCCUGUGCAAACCCUCCGCGAGAUUUUGAACAGGCUCGAGCAAGCGUAUUGCGGGAACGUGGGAUAUGAGUACAUGCACAUCCCUGAUAGGGAUAAGUGUAAUUGGAUAAGGGACAAGAUUGAGACGGUCAAACCUAGGGAGUACAGUCGGGAACGGCGAGAGGUCAUUCUUGACAGGCUUAUUUGGAGCACUGAGUUUGAGAAUUUCUUGGCUACCAAGUGGACUGCUGCAAAGCGGUUCGGUCUUGAAGGAGGGGAGACCCUGAUUCCUGGGAUGAAGGAGAUGUUUGAUAGAGCGGCUGACCAGGGGGUGGAGAGUAUUGUUAUUGGAAUGUCUCACAGAGGCAGGCUGAAUGUCUUGGGCAAUGUUGUCAGGAAGCCUUUGCGUCAGAUUUUCAGUGAAUUCAGCAGUGGCACAAAGCCUGUGGAUGGUGAAGUUGGGUUGUAUACAGGAACAGGUGAUGUGAAAUACCAUUUGGGUACUUCAUAUGACAGGCCAACCAGAGGUGGCAAAAGGAUUCAUUUAUCCUUGGUCGCCAAUCCAAGUCAUUUGGAGGCUGUUGAUCCACUUGUGGUUGGGAAGACACGGGCAAAACAAUACUACUCCAACGAUAUUGAUAGGAUAAAAAAUAUGGGUGUAUUGAUCCACGGUGAUGGAAGUUUUGCAGGACAAGGUGUGGUCUAUGAGACUCUACAUCUCAGUGCCCUCCCCAACUACACUACCGGGGGAACAAUCCACAUAGUGAUUAACAAUCAGGUUGCAUUCACCACUGAUCCUGGGUCCGGAAGGUCUUCUCAAUAUUGCACAGACGUUGCCAAAGCCCUGAAUGCUCCAAUCUUUCAUGUAAAUGGAGAUGAUAUGGAAGCAGUUGUCCAUGUUUGUGAGCUUGCAGCGGAGUGGAGGCAGACAUUCCAUUCAGAUGUGGUGGUUGAUAUAGUAUGUUACAGACGAUUUGGCCAUAAUGAGAUUGAUGAACCCUCUUUCACACAACCUAAAAUGUAUCAGGUCAUACGGAAUCAUCCAAGUGCACUUGAAAUUUACCAAAGCAAACUCUUGGAGUCGGGAGAAAUCACUAAAGAAGAUAUCGAAAGAAUUCACAACAAAGUCACUUCCAUUUUGAAUGAAGAGUUUAUUAACAGCAAAGACUAUGUUCCAAAAAGGAGGGACUGGCUUUCAGCAUAUUGGUUAGGAUUUAAGUCUCCAGAACAGAUUUCGCGUAUUCGAAACACUGGAGUUAAACCUGAGAUUUUGAAACGCGUUGGACAAGCCAUUACAACUCUUCCUGAAACUUUCAAGCCUCAUAGAGCAGUAAAAAAGAUCUUUGAGCAACGUGCUCAGAUGAUUGAAAGUGGGGAAGGCAUUGACUGGGCAAUGGGAGAGGCACUUGCUUUUGCUACUCUAAUUAUAGAAGGAAAUCAUGUUAGAUUGAGUGGCCAAGAUGUUGAAAGAGGUACAUUUAGUCAUCGUCAUUCAGUUAUUCACGACCAACAGACGGGAGAGAAAUACUGCCCUUUGGAUCAUAUUGUGAUGAACCAAGAUGAAGAGUUGUUCACUGUCAGCAACAGUUCACUUUCAGAGUUUGCUGUCCUUGGAUUCGAAUUGGGCUAUUCGAUGGAAAACCCUAACUCAUUGAUACUUUGGGAAGCUCAGUUUGGUGAUUUUUCAAAUGGUGCACAGGUAAUGUUUGAUCAGUUUUUGAGCAGUGGAGAAUCCAAAUGGCUACGCCAAACUGGGCUUGUUGUUUUACUUCCCCAUGGUUAUGAUGGUCAAGGCCCAGAACAUUCAAGUGCACGAUUGGAGCGUUUCCUCCAGAUGAGUGAUGAUAACCCGUAUGUAAUUCCUGAGAUGGACCCAACUCUCCGGAAACAGAUCCAGGAAUGCAAUUGGCAAGUCGUGAAUGUGACGACUCCUGCAAAUUAUUUCCAUGUUUUGCGACGGCAGAUUCAUCGGGAGUUCCGGAAACCUCUGAUUGUGAUGUCCCCUAAGAACCUACUUCGGCACAAGGACUGCAAAUCAAAUCUAUCCGAGUUUGAUGAUCUUGAAGGCCAUCCAGGAUUUGAUAAGCAAGGAACACGUUUCAAACGCCUUAUAAAGGACCAGAAUAAUCACAAAGAGAUAGAGGAGGGUAUUAACCGUCUCAUUUUGUGCUCUGGAAAGGUCUAUUAUGAACUUGACGAAGGACGCAAGAAGUUGGAUCGCCAGGAUGUAGCCAUUUGUAGAGUGGAACAGCUUUGCCCAUUCCCCUAUGACCUCAUUCAAAGAGAGCUUAAGCGAUAUCCAAAUGCGGAAAUUGUCUGGUGUCAGGAAGAGCCAAUGAACAUGGGUGCAUACAGCUAUAUCAAUCCUCGCCUAUACACCGCCAUGAGGGCACUAGGUCGGGGGGAGUUUGAAGACAUCAAGUACGUCGGGAGGGCACCUUCUGCUGCAACGGCCACAGGUUUCUACUCUGUUCAUGUUCAAGAGCAAACCGAGCUUGUACAAAAGGCAUUACAGCCUGAGGCGAUCAGUUUUCCUUAUUGAAAAGUUUUUCGAUAUCGGACCCAGAACAAAUAAUAUGAAAUGAGCUGUUGCUUGAGUUUUAUGAUGUUUCAGGCAAAGGUACUAUGCUCAUGAACCAUUGUCAAAUUUUGAACAGUUCAUCUUUUUUGGUGUUUCUGUUGUCAUUUACACUCAGAAAUGGCAGCUGAUGCUGAUUCUCCUUUAUAUC